UAAAAUCCAGUUGAACAAAGGAGAAAGAAGGACAUGGAUGUGUACAACGCAUAGGAAAGAGAAUAAUAUCAUACGAUCAGUGUGGAGCCUUGAUUGUAAUUUCAGAAUCCAUUAAUUAAAAGUCUCAAUCACUUUGAAAGCAGCCAAAUGUAGUACUCUAUAUCAAAGUUCCCUAUAAUUUUCUAAAGAUCCUCAACACAUAUACCUUGAAAAAAGAACCUCCAUUAAUGGAGACCAGAGAUCAUCAUCAUCCAUCAUCAAACGAACUAAUAUUACAACAGUACAGUCAGGCACCGCCACCAGGGAAGAACAACAGCAACAACAGCAGCAGCAACAAGAGGAGGUUCACCGACGAUCAAAUCAGGUUAUUGGAGUCGAUUUUCGAGUCAGAGACAAAGCUGGAACCGAAGAAAAAAUUGCAGGUGGCGAGAGAGUUGGGUCUUCAGCCUCGACAAGUAUCCAUUUGGUUUCAAAACAGAAGGGCGAGGUUAAAGUCGAAACAAAUGGAAAAAGAUUACGUAACGUUGAGAGACAAUUACGACAAGUUGGUGUCGAGAUUUGAGAUGUUGAAGGAAGAGAAACAGUGUUUGAUUUCGCAGAUGGAGAAGCUAAGUGAAAUGCUAGCUGAGAGUGAAACCAAUGGUGUAAAUAAGGUCAGCAAGGUGGGUAGUACUGAGCAUGAAGCUGAACCAGGGUCUAGUUUCAAACAGGAAGACGAUGGGGUUUUGGGUUUAGAAACUCAGAAAGGUCAUAGAGAAAUUGAAGAUGCAGUGAAGCAUGGAGAUGAAUUCCUGGGCAUGGAUGAAUAUAGGGAUUAUGAUGAUCAGUUUGAUCAUUUGUGCAGCCGUUGGCAUCACUGGUUAAACUUCUGGACUUGAACAGCUGCAUCUUCACGAGGAAACUCGAUUUUGCCUGUAGCUCCAUUGUAUCUAUUGAUUUAGAGUUAGAGAUGUUUCCACUAUCACAGAAGGAAGGAGAGUGUCGAUGGCUGAGAAAGCCAUGAUACCGUUCGUUGGGGUUUCUUUUUUUUUUUUUUCAUAAAGUUUAUAGUACAGGACGAAGAUCCUUUGCCACUUCUAUUCAAUGUAAUUAGGGAUAUAAAUCUGACUUUUGUUCCGAUUUUACUUGUACCUUUUCUAUAUUAUUGCAUGCCAAGAUGAUUAUCAUAUCACAAAGCAUGCAAAAGUAGGCUGCAGUAGCAAAGAGAUGUUUCUAGUUGUAAACAAA